CACAGAGCAUCAGCAGCCGAUCAGACAGUUGGAAAACAGAUUCAGUCCCUCCUCAGACAGCUUGAACAUUUGGAUUUGAUCUGAUAAUCUGAGCUUUAUUCAGGAUGCUUCUUAGGACCAUUCUGCUCAUCUGUGUGACCGUUUUCUUCUCAGCAGAUGCUGAGGACAAAUCCAGGCUCUAUAGAAGGCCCUACUGUGUGGGAAUGAGCGUCACUCAGUUGUGUCCUCUGAAUUACUCUCCAGUGUGUGGCAGCAACGGUGUCACCUACCCAAACGAAUGCUCUCUGUGUGUCCACAGGCUGGAGAAAAAUGCGGACAUUUUGAUUACCAAAGAUGGACCCUGCUGAAGAGGACGUUGUCACAAAGUUAACACACUGCUAAUCCUUCAAAACUAAUGAUGUUAUGACAUCUGACUAAUUUUUGAAUGUAGCUG